GGACAGGAGAAGUGGGACUGUGCAGAGUCCUUACAUACAGAAUGGGGACAGAUACCGAGAAUGACACCCGGCAUCCAGGACAGGAGAAGUGGGACUGUGCAGAGUCCAUACAUACAGAAUGAGAGGAGAUACCGAGAAUGACACCCGGCAUCCAGGACAGGAGAAGUGGGACUGUGCAGAGUCCAUACAUACAGAAUGAGAGGAGAUACCGAGAAUGACACCCGGCAUCCAGGACAGGAGAAGUGGGACUGUGCAGAGUCCAUACAUACAGAAUGGGGACAGAUACCGAGAAUGACACCCGGCAUCCGGGACAGGAGAAGUGGGACUGUGCAGAGUCCAUACAGAAUCUCAUCAGAGAAACUUCAGCUAAAGCCAAAAUGUCCAGAUAUUAGGGAG